AGAAACCCUGUCAUCAAAUAGUGCAUUUCAAUUAUUCAAAACAAAAAUAUUUAUAAAGUUGCUUUAAUAAACAAAAAAUAUUUAACAAGUAUUACAAAAUACAAGUGUUUUAUUAAUUAAAAAAUUUAAAACAAAACUUUUAAUGCCAGAAAAUAAAUAAACAUCUAAUUAUUACAAUUUCAUUAACACCAUCAGCAAUAAAAAAAGAUUAUUUCGCAGCAUAAAUUUGAUAUUUCCUUAAGAGCCAAACAAGAAAACCUAUUCCUACCCCAUCCCAACAAAAAAAAUAUUGAUAAAUAAAAAAAGCCAAAACAAAUUGUAAUGAAUUUGAAAUGAGUGAGAGUGAGAUAACGAUCUGCCAGAAAAAAAGCAAAGAAAUUAAAUAUUUUUUCCAAAAUUAUACAAAUAAAAAAUAAUAAGCCAACAUAAUGCCAGUAAAUAAUUAAGCCAAAACGACUUUAUAGCAACAGAAACUUAAAGAGUGAGACAGACAGAGAGAGAGAUAUUUGGCUACAAAAGAAUAAAAAAAAACAAAUUUGUUUUACAACUUAUUUUCGAUUAAAAGUCAUACAAAAUUUUGAAAUUUUGCAAAACAAUGGCUGUACAAAACCAAAGAUUACCAAAAGAUACUAAAAAAACUGACACAGCAGCCGCUCAAACAUCAGCGCCAGCACAAGCGACUACGUCACCAUCAACAUCUGCAUCAGUAGCACCAGCUAAUACAUCAUCAGUGCCCACGAAAACUCAACAUGCUUCAGCUACAGCAUCAUCAUCAACACCUGCACACCAGCCAUCAUCACAGCAACAGCAACCUCAAGUGUCAUCUGCUCAACCGAAUGCUAAUGGUGGACCCAGAGUGUCAUUUAACCGAGAUGUUCAUGUCAAACGAAUUGGAAAACGUUCCAACGAUCUAACGAAUUACGAAACUACAAAUCUACAGCCACCCCAACAUACCCAGCAGUAUCAUCAGCUACCAGCCGAUCUAUCAGCCGAAAGUAUACACAAAGAAGCCGCUUUAGUACUUGCCCAGGCCAAGCGCCACAAAAGCAUAGCAGAGAAUGGUGAUAAUAUACCCACAUUCAGAGUGAAAACCAAACGCAGUGGAGACUCUAAUACAAAUCCUAAGAAGUUUCAUUCGCUACCCUUGAGAAAGAAAAAGGGCAGCACCUCCAAGCCAGUUAGUCGUAGUAACAGUGACGCUGCCGCCAAGAAACCCACCAAAAGACCUUCCAUUUUUAGUAUUUUCAGUCGCAAAAGUGACAGUAAUCUUAAUCAGGCCGUUGAUCGUGAUCCCCGUUUUGAGGAUAGCGGUGGCAGACGUUUGGUGAGAAGUAAAAGUGAUGUGGGUUCUUCUUCAUAUAAAUUAAAGAAAGUCUUAAAAGAUCCCAAGCCCACUCCAGCCGCAGCCAGUAGUUCGGGUUCUAACCGCCAACUACCGCACACACAACUCAGUCCCAUAAUAGAAAACGAUUCGAGAGAAGACUGUUUCGAGGAGCAAUAUAAUCGUGAACGUCGCAAAUCGGAAGCUAUAACGGAUAGAGAAAAACAUGAAAGUGGCAUAAAUGAGUUGUUAGCUCGCAGUCGUUCCCAGACAGAGCUAGAUGGUAACGUUGUACGCAACCCCAUAUCGGAGAAUAUAAAAGAGAAAAUAUUAACGCUACAAGCUAAGUCACAAGAAAACAUGCACAGUUCCCAGUUGCCAGCCCAAAAGUUGCCCCUCACCAAGGGGCAAACCGUCAAUGGCAUGGUGAAACGUUUGUCUAUGGAGAGAUUUUCACCACCACCCACCAUGAUGGGUCCCGCCUUCUCCUACAUAAGACCUAAUGAGGGCAUCACCUAUGCCCAGUUGGAAUUGCAGGAUGAUAUUGUACCUCAAAGAUCUACACUGACCCGAAGAGAUUAUGCACAAAGAGUAUCACCGGUAAGAGAGUAUCGUUCUCCAGCCCGCGACUAUCGUUCGGCUUCGAGAGAUAUCUUUACACCCGAAAGGGAAAUUUUACACAACAACUCCCGUAGAUCAGAAGAUCAAACUGAUUUUAUAGCUAGUCAUGCCACAGGUAGAAGUCAAUACUCUCCCAAUUACAAUACCACAAAUGGUACCACCACUAUACAUAUAGGCGGCUCCUUUUCGCCCUCACCCUGGCAACAAUUGUCGCCACGUAAUCUCAGCGAUGAAGAUGAAGGUGUUGGUCUAGAUACCCGUAAAUAUUACGAGGAAGAGCUGAGAAAUAAACGCAGUAAAUCACCGGCUGAGCCACCCAUAGUACCCAAAAUCAGAAGUAUAACUCCUCCUAGAGAGAACGGCUAUCACACACCUGAAAGAUAUCUCUCUCCUGCUCGGGAUGUACCUACUAACGAUGAUAUGGGUUAUCGGCGGGCUCGUUUGGAGUCCCGAAUUCUAACACGUAAAUAUGGUGAAAACAAUACUUUGGAAAGAAAUGGUUAUUUGCCGCAAAGGGAAAAUUCACAUGAACGUGUCUUGGAAGAUGAGCCCGACACCAGUACAUACCAUCGCAGGCGCUACCUCAGUCCGGAGAGAGAGAUUUUACGUGAUCCCUACGAACCGAGAUUCCAUAAGCCCGAAGCAACUGAAAUUCUUAAUAAAUACUCCCCCGAAAGGUCUCACUUGGAUAUUAUUGCUCCUGCAUUGACGCAAAUCUCUACUUCAACUCUUCCGAAAACAGAGAAAACUUCUCGCUACAAACAUACCAAAUAUUAUGAUGAUGGUCAUGGUCACGGUGUCCGAGAGGUGUACGAGCGUGAAACUCAAUUCGAUAAUGAUGGCAAGCCGCAUGUACGCGAAUCCCGGCAUCGUGAAAGACUCGAUUCAUUUACAGGCAAACCCAUACGAGAUGCUUCACCUUUGUUGGAACGUCAUGUGUUGACCGAUUAUGAACCGAAAUCAUUGGAAUCUCAGUUUACCAGUACCGAUCAGUAUCGUUCGUCACCAGAGAACAUGAAACGUUACGAGAAUCUGGAACGUGGUAUGGCCGCUCGUCAGAGCAGUGAAGAUCGUUGGCACAGUAGUCUGAAGAGGGAUAAGUUACAGCAGCGUAGUUUCGAUAAGGGUGAUUCAGGAAUUGAGAACGAUUUUCGCAAAGAAUCUUUCAAUGGAGACAUAGUAACGAGAUGGCGCAAACGCACUAUAGCCGAUGACAUCAAGAGCUGUGACAAUUUCCUCAAAAAGGAGCGACGCCAUUGCGAGCAUCAACGUUGUGGUAAGCGCAAAGAGAAUUAUAUCUAUCGUGAACGUUCCAUAGAUGACGGCUCUCACUUUGAUCCACAUUUAGAUAAAUAUCCACCAACUGCCAGUAAUUCGGCGACACUACGCCGUCGUGACCAACACUCACAAACCGCUCACAGUCGUGCUGAAGACACCGCGACACUGAAGCGUAACAAAAAAGUGGGUGGCUUUGAGAAGGUGAAGCAACUUUUCGGUGCGGGAGCGGCAACAAGUGAUAAAAAGGAUGUGGAAAGGAAGAGUAUGAGCAGCAGCACCAGCAGCAGUGCGGGCACCCAGCAAACCAUCAAACCAUCGAAAGAUAAAGACAAGUACAUGGUUAAGGAAGAGGAAAUGCGUUCCAGAUAUCGAGAAUAUAAUACUGGCAAUGGUGCGGCUGGCAACAAGAGUGUUGGCGUAGGCACACAAACUAAAAAUACAACAACAUCCACCACAACAACAAUUUUGCAAAAUGAUAAUAUGCGCGAACCAAAGGCCAUUGAUAUAUCCAUGCGUCGUCGUUUGUCAACGCCAAAAGCUAGUCCUUUAUUACUUAAACGUACCUCAUCGGAUAAAAAUCGCAAAGAAUCACCAUUAGCUAAACCCGAAAAAACCAGUUGGUUCAAAUCGCUCGAUAGACGCGCCAAAAGUAAAUCUAAAGAGAAGUUAAACACACCAACACCAAACGAAACCUCCAGUCUAAAGAGAACUAAAAAUUCCAAACACUCAACGACCCAGCCUCAACAGCCCACAAAAAAUUUAAGAUUUUUCGGUGAUACCGAUUUGGAUUCAAAUCCACCCACCAUUUCGAAGGCUAACACAAACAACAAAUCACGUCCCUUACUUGCAACUGCCCUAAGCCGCUCCCAAAAGUACUCCCAGAGUGCUUAUAAUUUGGAUCGCAUACGUGGUGAUAGUCCUCAGAGACAAGACUAUCGUCAUACUUUAGCCGCCGGAACUAAAACCUCAGCAGUGUCAUCUUCCAGUCGUCAUAAGAGUACUUCCAUGCACAAUUUGGACAAUCAGGGCAACGAUGAAGUUGAUUUCCGCAAGAGACGUCACUAUUCCAGAUCCCGGGAACUGGAUGACAUUUCGGAGAGUGGCUCCGAAACGGAAGAUCAACAAAAACGACCCAAUGGUGGCUUAAUGGCAUCAAGAACACUGUCACGUGAUCGCUUAGAUCGUACACAACGAUAUGAUGAGAAUACCUAUCGACGUAGUAACGAUCGGCCGACAUCGUCCACACCGAAUGGUGGUGAUACUAGCAGUAGUACGCAACAUCAGCCUAGAAGAUCACAGCCAUAUAUGAUGGGACCACCAAAACCGGCACGCAGUGCCGAGAGAAGAGCCAUGUCAUAUUCAAGAGAACGUGAUCGUUUCCCUGCUGAAAGCUCGGGUACAGAGGGAGAAUCUAGUUUACAUAGUCAACGUAGUGUGGUUUAUUUACAUGCUACCACAGUAGGUGCCAUACCACAGCCAUAUCAUUUAAGACGCCGCUCUAUAUCUAGAGAUGAUUUGCGUUCGAAUAAAACUCAAACGAAACCGCAGCCCAUACAGCCCAUGACCAGAACUGUUUCCAGAUCAGUAUCAAUGCUGGCCCCCUGGAAGCCCAAAUUGAUAAGUGAAGGUUAUGAAAUCAAUUACUCUCAGGAACAAAAUAAAACGAUGUCAACACUGCCUCGUAAGCCCUUGCAAAAUGCCAACUCCACCUCUACAUUGACAAGGCCCAGCAAAAAAUCCGAACCUCUACACUCACGCUCGCGCAGACACGACUACACCAAAGAUGAUCAGUCAUCUUUAAGAAACUCCUCCACAACUAGCGCCUCCAAGUCCGCCUUGUCGGCGAAUGUACGUCGUAAACAUUGAGGGGAUGUUAGAGAUUUGUAAACGAACUUUGCAACGUAGUUUUUUUUUGUUUUUCUUUAUUUUUUCUUUUACUUAAUCAUAGUAAUAUUUUUGUCUUAUUAACCAAAUGCAAUAAUUUAAAACAAAAAGUAUAAAUACUGAAAGAUAAAAAUUACAAUUUUAACGUUUUCUAACACUAAAGAGAGAUUUUAAGUUAUGCUUAAGAGAAUGGCAAAGAUAAAUACAUUUAAGAAAGCUUGAGCAAAGCUUUCAACUUUUUGUGUAUAAGUUCAUAGAGUAAUAAAACAAGAAAAGAAGGUGCUCUCUUUAAAAAAAAACCGUUCGAAAAUUCCCUUAGCCACGUAAGCUUUAAUAUUUAAUUUAAAUCUAAUCAUUUAAUGCAAAAUACAAACAAAAAGAACCAAGCAAAAAUAUGCCGAAAAAGCUCGUUAAACUUUAAAGCUUUUCAUACAAUUUAAAAUGUUAAACUAUAUAAUCUGUAAGUUUUAAUUUUAUUAAUUUCUAAUUUAAGAACGAUUUUUUUAAUUUACUAAAAAUACGUUAAUUUAAACACAAAAUAAAAACUCAAACAAAAAAAAUAAUAAAAAUAAAAUAAAUGUAUUUUACAAAAAAACCUA